AAAAGGCGCGUAUUAAAGCGGUCAACACAUUACUCACUCUCCUCCAUUUCUUCGCAACCUCGUUUCCUGGCAAAUCCCAAAUCCUCCCAGAAGCUCGAUCCAUCACUCACUCAUGGCCGUCUGCACGUAUCCUCCUAGGGUUUUCGCUUCCUCCCAACCCGGCGCCCGCCCCAGGCUUUCGGGUCGGGUCGACCCCACAGCGUCGGUUUACAGGCUCUCCUCUCCCAUCCUCAGAUUUCCCCCCAACUUCGUCCGCCAGCUCAGCACCAAGGCCCGGAGGAACUGCAGCAACAUCGGCGUCGCGCAGAUCGUCGCCGCCUCUUGGUCGAACAACACCCCCAACUCUGGCGUGCCGGCGGCGCCGUCGGCUACUGCCGUCGAUGCCGCCGCCACUUCCGCCAUUCCCGUCGAUCCGGCCCAGAUUUCGGGCGGUGACGAGGUGGCGGUGUUUGGAAAUGGUGUACAGUUGGGGGAGGCCGUGCCUGAUUUGAAGGAGGCCUCGUUCUUGAGCUCCGAUGGGAGCCUCGCGAUUCAUGCUGGUGAAAGAUUGGGACGCGGCAUAGUAACUGAUGCAAUUACAACCCCAGUGGUUAAUACUUCUGCCUACUUCUUUAAGAAAACGGCUGACCUCAUUGAUUUCAAGGAGAAACGCGCAACAAGCUUUGAAUACGGGCGGUAUGGAAAUCCAACGACAGUGGUUGUCGAGGAGAAGAUCAGUGCACUUGAGGGAGCGGAAUCGACAAUGAUAUUGGCAUCUGGAAUGUGUGCUAGCACUGUCAUGUUGAUGGCAUUGGUUCCAGCUGGUGGGCAUAUUGUGACCACCACGGACUGCUAUAGGAAGACUAGAAUUUUCAUUGAGACCAUUCUUCCAAAAAUGGGGAUCACGGCCACAAUCAUUGACCCUGCUGACGUGGGAGCCCUGGAAACUGCAUUGGAAGAGCACAAAGUGUCUCUUUUCUUCACAGAGUCUCCUACUAAUCCAUUCCUCAGGUGUGUUGACAUUAAGCUGGUUUCAGAGCUUUGCCACAAAAAAGGGACGUUGGUCUGUAUAGAUGGCACUUUUGCCACACCACUCAACCAGAAAGCCCUUGCCCUUGGGGCAGAUCUUGUUGUGCAUUCUGCAACGAAAUAUAUCGGUGGCCACAAUGAUGUCCUUGCUGGUUGCAUUAGUGGUUCUAUGAAAUUGGUUUCAGAAAUUCGUAUUUUGCAUCACAUUUUGGGUGGUGCUCUCAACCCGAAUGCUGCAUACCUGAUCAUUCGAGGCAUGAAGACCUUGCAUCUUCGUGUACAGCAACAGAAUUCAACAGCAUUGAGGAUGGCCAAAAUUUUAGAGGCGCAUCCUAAGGUGGCGCAUGUCUAUUAUCCUGGCUUGCCUAGUCAUCCUGAACAUCAGCUUGCCAAGAGGCAGAUGACUGGUUUCGGUGGUGUUGUCAGUUUUGAGAUUGAUGGAGACUUGACGAGAACAAUUAAUUUUGUGGAUGCACUGAAAAUCCCAUAUAUUGCCCCAUCCUUUGGUGGCUGUGAGAGCAUUGUGGAUCAGCCAGCCAUAAUGUCUUACUGGGAUCUCAGCCAGUCAGAUAGGAUCAAGUACGGGAUCAAGGAUAACUUGGUCCGUUUCAGCUUCGGAGUCGAAGACUUUGAAGAUCUCAAGGCUGACAUACUGCAGGCCCUGGAGACCAUAUAGAGCGUGGCCCGCCUAAUAGUAAUAUGCGGUUUUCUGUUUUAUUUCUCUUUUCCAUUGUCGUUGGUGCUUGAAUUGAUUUUGAUCACCAAAUGCUCUGUUCGGAUCCAGUCGUUGGGUCGUUGUCGACUCCAUCCGGACCCUAAGCUUUGUCUGGUUUUCUUUUGCAACUACCUUUUCCCAAUACCUUUUCAUUCCAAUAUGACUAUGCUAGCUUUGUUUUUUCGUGUUUGGAUGAUUUGAAGUUGAAUGACAAUUUUAGAAUUGUUCGAAA